UUGUAAAGUUUAGGUGCCCUUAUCGCUUUCUGUCACUCCUGUCACCGUGUCGAGUUUAUGCAGUAUGACUAUCGGCCGAUAGUGUCCCCGGUGACCCAACUGAAAUGUGUCAAGCAUAAAAUCUCAUGACUCUCACCCGAGCUAAAGUUAUUCGAGUAACCGGUUGCUAUUUCAACAUAUAAGCAGGAAAGGACCAUGUGUGUCAUAAUCGCAGAUGCCCACCACAAACCAAAUCCCUGCGUCCGUGACUGAUGUGGGACGAGGCACACCAGGCUCCGUGUCUCCCGCCCCAACCUUACAAGGCGAUUACGCGCCAAAGUCGGACCAUCAUAUACCAGAACAGAGUCAUUCUCAGAAGCCUCAUGACACUGAAAUUGGAAUUGGCGAGCUGCCUGCGACAACGAACAAUGCAGAUGUUUUGAUUGUCGACUGGGACGGCCCAGAUGACCCUCAAAAUCCUAAAAAUUGGAGCUAUAGACGCAAAUGGGCCGCGACAAUUAUUGUAUCAUCGUUUACUUUCAUCAGUCCAGUUUCAUCUUCUAUGAUUGCGCCCGCUACUAGCCAAGUGGCUUCUACCUUCGGAAUUGAGAGUGAUGUUAUCCUUGCACUCACAACAUCCAUAUUCGUGCUUGCAUAUGCCAUGGGGCCAUUGUUUUUGGGUCCAUUGAGUGAGAUUUACGGACGAUCACGCGUUUUGCAACUGGCAAAUCUAUGGUAUCUCGUGUGGAAUCUUGUCUGUGGAUUCGCACAGUCGGAAUCCCAGCUUCUUGCUUUCCGAUUUCUUGCUGGCCUCGGAGGCAGCGCGCCCUUGUCGAUUGGCGGUGGCUUUCUUGGGGACUGCUGGCACCCAGAUGAACGAGGAAAAGCUGUUGCCAUUUACUCAUUAGCUCCCCUAAUGGGUCCUGUUGUGGGACCUAUCACAGGCGCCUGGGUGGCUCAAUACUCGACCUGGAGAUGGGUGUUCUGGUCUACGAGCAUCGUGGAUGCAAUCGUUCAAAUCAUUGGAAUGUUUGCACUUCAAGAGACUUAUGCUCCCCUCUUAUUGGAAAGGAAGGCAGAGCGGAUUCGCAGGUCGAUGGAUGCCGAAAAAGCACCGUACAGAGAAAUCCGUACCGUUUUUGAGGGUCAAGAUCGCUCUUGGCGGACCGUCAUGACCAAAUCACUCGGUCGCCCUUUUGUACUCUUCGCCCAUGAGCCGAUUGUGCAGCUCCUCGGCGUUUACAUGGCGUAUCUAUACGGGUUGCUUUAUCUAUUGUUGACGACGAUCCCAUCGAUCUUCCAGGGCCUAUACCAGCAACCGGUAGGAAUUGCCGGCCUUCAUUACAUUGCACUUGGCAUAGGGUUGUCAGCGGCAUCCCAAUUAAAUGCGAGAACGAUGGAUAAAGUUUACAUUUAUCUCAAGAAUAAACACGGUGGAGUCGCGAAGCCGGAGUUCAGAUUGCCCGCUAUGGUUCCCGGAUCUCUGCUACUUCCGAUUGGGUGCUUUAUUGUAGGCUGGACUUCCGAAGCUCAGAUUCCUUGGAUAGCUCCAGAUAUUGGCAUUGCGCUCGUGGGAGCAGGCAUCAUUCUGAAUUUCCAGUGCAUCCAGACCUACAUCGUUGAUUGCUUUACGCUUCAUGCCGCUUCUGCUCUAGCCGCUGUCUCUUGUUUGCGAUCACUGGCAGGCUUUGGAUUUCCCUUGUUUGCUCCGGCGAUGUACAAAGCACUUGGGUUUGGGAAAGGCGAUACUAUCUUGGCAGUCGUGGCAAUCGUCAUAGGUUGUCCUGCGCCCUGGAUAUUGUGGCAUUAUGGGGAGCGGAUACGGAACAGCAGUCGACAUGCGCGGUGAAUUCGGUGAUGACCCUGGCGAUCAUAAUCAGCAACAGGGCCUUGACUUUGACUUCUGGGCACAGGCUCUAUUACUUGUAGGAGAGGAGAGGAAUGAGGUGCAUCAUAGGUGAAUAUGGUGCAUCGAUUUGACGGACGCUAGACCAUGUUUUGCAGGUAGAAGAAGGGAAAUUCCGAAACUCUUUCGGCUU